CCUGUUUCUUUACCUGACGCAAUGUGUCAGGUCUUCAAUUCAUCAUUGCACAGGCUGCGAUACAAAAAUGUUAACGGACAGCAUUUGUCGUUAAUAACUAAACAGAGGCCAGUUUGUUCUUCUCAACUUAUAAUUUCAGAAGAAGAUUUGUAAGGUACAAGAAUUGUAAGAAGACAUUUAAAAUGAGACUGCUACAGUUAUUCCUGACAAUGCUAGUAAUUGCAUUCGCUGAUUCAAAUCGUUGUCAGUUUGGCGAGCUAUUAUACAAAGGAUACCCAUUCACCCCCUUCCCACUGAAAAGAACAAUCGUGUUCGAAACACCAUUCGAGGAGGAACCCGCCUUCAUGUACGCAAUCAAGAUGUUGGACCUAAACUACGCUGAAAAUACAAGGGCGGCCGUGGAAUUGAAGAAUCUGACCAAUCAGGAGUUUACCCUAGAAAUGAAGACAGUCCACGAUACCCAGAUGUACGGAAUGGGGGUAACGUGGAUGGCCUGUCCAUCGGUCUGAUAUAGCUGAUGUGUCGACACACGUAUACCUCAAUCCUUGAUCCCCAUUAUUUUUCAUUUCAACUUCCUGAAAUUACCUGACAGUUUUUGCCAUAAUUUGGUCCUGAGAGAAUUUCAUUUGUAUUGACUUUGAAAAACUCGAGUAAGAAGGAAGCUGUGUAGUCAUGUAAUUUAUUAUUUUAUUUUU